AUGGCACACGGACCACUGAGUGAAAGAGAAAUACGUCUUAUGCGAAGGGAAAGAGUAAGAGAUAUACAGCUCAAGGAAGAUGAACAAUUAAGAGAGAAUGAACGCAUUCAACGCGAGUUAAUGAGAAUUCAAGAGGAUCGUCGUCAGUUAGAAUUGGAUACAGUUGGAUCUAAGCAUGAUUUAGAGGAGUUUGAAAGGAAUAGUGAAUUGUCGGAUUUGAAUACUAUUGACGAAUUUUUACAUGAAAGUACUUCAAAGGAUAUACAAGAUAUGGCUCAAAUCGCGGAAGUCGAUAGGUCAGAAACUAAAAGGAAAGAGUUAUCAUUGUCAAGUAGUCAUAGUUUAAAAUUCCUUGAUGAACACAUGAAAAGGUUGGACUUGACUUUGAAAGAGUUAAAACGGGACACUGGUGACACAUGUGUUGAUGAAAUGGAGCAAUUUAUUACAACUAAGAGUAAAUUUAACAGAUUUGGAUAUUCAAUAACGGAUAAUGGAAAUGAAGGCGGAAUUAGGGACAAUUCCUAUUCAAACAGAGGAGGUAGAAUAAGUGAAGGGAAUAAAAUGCAUAGUACUGUUGUUAAUAGUGAUGGCAAGCAAAUUACUGGAAUGAAAAGUGAAAGAAUUAAAGAGGCAGACCUACUAAGAUUAAAAGCAGAUAGAGAUGAUAUAAUGAGUGAAUCAAGUCGCUAUGAAAGAGAAAGUGUAAAGAUGAGAAAGUUACAGCUUGAGGAAGAAAAGAAAAGACAGAUGAUAUUACAGAGAGACAGAAAGUUACAGUAUGAAUUAGACAUGAAGAGAAAGGCUGAAAUAGAACUACAGGAAAGAAUAAAAUUUCUUGAAGAUCAGGAGUUGGAGCUAAAUAGACAGAGAAAUGAAAAUGAUAGGAUAGAGAAAGAAAUGGUUAAGCGUAUGCGUGAAGAACAAGCGAUGAAACAGAAACUUGAUUUGUUAAGAGAGAAAGAGAGAAUCCUAAGAGAUCGAAUGACUGAAACGAGAGAAGAUGAUGCCACAAAAACUUCGAAGGAAUAUCCGUUUUUUAAAUUAGGCCUACCCAAGAUUCCGAAUUUUGAUGGAAGUCACUUCGAGCAAUGGAAAGUGGAAGUGAACUGCUUACAAGAAACAGGAAUAUAUCCCGAAUACGCUAUGGUGCAGGCCGUUAGGAAUUCUCUUAAAGGAGAUACAAGGCAGAUACUUUUGACUUUGAAACCUUCUGCUGACACCAAAGAGAUUGUUCAGAAACUUGGACAGAUUUAUGGUAAUGUGAAGACGAGCGAUAGAAUUGCCCAAGACUUUUACUCGGCCACACAGAAGGAAAAUGAACAUUGUUCGGCAUGGGCCGUAAGAGUAGAAACCUUAUUUCAACGUGCAGUAGAUGAGGGGGAAAUGGAUGAUAGGAAACGGGACACGAAGUUGAAAGAGAGAUUUUGGAGAGGUCUCAAAUCGGAAAAGCUUAAGUCAGCGAGUCGAGUUUCUUAUGAGUCUUUAGAUAGUUUUGAAACCUUACGAAGAAAAGUUAGAAUGGAAGAGGAGGAAUGUAAAGUUGGAAUAGAGACCAAAGUUGCAGUGUCAUCACAACAACAAGCAGAUGUGUUAAAAGAGUUGUUAGAAAGAAUGAAGUCGUUAGAAACAGAAAUGAGUAGAAUAAAAGAGGAAAAGCGCACAGUCAGUAGUAGAUAUGAUAGUGGUGGAUUUAGGAGAGAAAGACGACCAUAUAGAGGUAGUUUUAGUAACCGGCGUGGUGGAAACUUUGAUUAUCGUCGAAGAGAGAUUUCAACGAACAACACCACAACCCCAAAAGAGACUUUAAACACGGAAACGCUUCCAUCGCAGGGCUUGGUGGAAGCGAAGAAAAAGUAG